GCACCACCCCGCGAUCCGAUAACCGAUUCAUGCCUCUUAUCAGCCCUGCGGUGACGGAGCCCCGCGAAGAAUUUCUUUUUGAUCUUCCUCUGGCGACAGCCCUGCCACCUCUGGACUCCAGACAUAGGACAUUGGACACUGGCCUUUGUCCCAUCUCUCGCCAUGCCUUACCAAACCCUGACCGGCAACUCGUGCUACACGAGCGCCGAGGCCCAGAAGCUCCUGGAGCGCAUCAACAAGCAGACCGAUGCCAAGCUUCAGUCCAUCCAGGGCAACUGGCUGUACUAUGUCGACCUGAGGAAGGACCAGGUCGGUCUCGACAAGGUCCAGCAGUUGCUCCAGCUCAGCAACGCCUCGGCUCCCGCUGCUGCAUCACAGUCCGAGAAUGCCGUGACCUUCUACAUCACUCCUCGCAACAUCUCGCCAUGGAGUUCCAAGGCCACCAGCAUCGCCCACGUCUGUGGCCUCAAGGACCAGGUGCACCGCGUCGAAAGGGGUCGGGUCGUCACCAUCCAGUACGAGAGCUCGAGCAACACAGGCGCUGAUAUCCCCUUCCGCGAUGUCAUCCACGAUCGAAUGACCGAGACCCUCGCCACCGAGCAGCCCUCCCUGGAUGCCAUGUUUGCUGAGCGCGAACGUGCUCCUCUUGUCGUCGUCGACAUCUUCGCCGACGAUAGCCGUGGGCCUCUGGCAAUCCUUGACGACUACAAUAAGAAGAUGGGGCUUGCAUUGAGUUCCGAGGAGAUGGAGUACUUGGUGGACUCAUACACUCGGCUGGGCAGGCCUCCACACGAUGUGGAACUGUUCAUGUUCGCCCAGGUCAACUCGGAACAUUGUCGCCACAAGGUCUUCAAUGCAGCCUGGACCAUCGACGGCAAGCCCAUGGGCAAGAGCCUGUUCGAGAUGAUCAAGAAUACCCACAAGAAGACCCCUGAUUACACCGUCUCUGCCUACAGCGACAACGCCGCCGUUCUCGAAGGAGAUCUCUCCAACUUCUGGGCGCCAGACUACUCUACGGGCACGUGGAAGCUCUCCAACGAAGUGAUCCACCCCCUGAUCAAGGUGGAGACACACAACCAUCCUACUGCCAUUUCGCCUUUCCCUGGUGCCGCCACUGGUUCGGGAGGCGAGAUCAGGGACGAAGGAGCUGUUGGGAGAGGUUCGACCCCCAAGGCGGGUUUGUGUGGCUUCUGGGUUUCGGAUCUGCUCAUCCCCGGCAGAAAAGAGCCAUGGGAGGUGGAUAUUGGACGGCCUAGUCACUACGCCAGCAGUCUCGACAUUAUGCUGGAAGCGCCAAUCGGCUCUGCACGGUUCAACAACGAAUUCGGUCGGCCAUGUCUGACCGGAACCUUCAGGACUCUGCUCACAAACACCGAGGGUGAACAUUCCAACAACAACAACGAGUGGAGAGGAUACCAUAAGCCAAUCAUGAUUGCUGGUGGCAUUGGGUCUGUCAGGCCACAGCAUGCCCUGAAGAAUGAGGCUGAUGUGCUCGACGGCGCCCACGUCAUCGUUCUUGGAGGGCCUGCGAUGCUCAUUGGACUUGGAGGAGGUGCUGCCUCGAGCGCUGUAGGUGGCAGCAACGCGGAUCUCGACUUUGACUCUGUGCAACGAGGCAACCCUGAGAUGGAGCGCCGGGCUCAGAUGGUCAUCAACACUUGUGUUGCUCUCGGUGCCAACAACCCUAUUGCUAUGAUUCACGACGUCGGCGCUGGCGGUCUUUCAAACGCGCUUCCCGAGCUGGUCAAGGAUGCCGGCUUCGGUGGCAAGUUCGAACUACGACAGGUUGAGAGCGCUGACAACAGCAUGAGCCCAUUGCAGAUCUGGUGUAACGAGGCACAGGAGCGAUAUGUGCUGCUGGUCAACAGGGACAACAUGAACCGCUUCCAGGUCAUCUGCGAGCGCGAGCGUUGCGGUUACUCCAAUGUCGGAAACGUUGUUGCCAAAGAUCACAACGGUGCCUCCAGAUUGGUCCUGCAGGACCGUGAGUCUAGGGAGUACCCUGUGCCAAUUGAUCUGCCCAUGGAUGCUCUGUUCCCUCCAGGCCGCCGUCAAGAGCGCGUGGUUGAAAGUAUCAAGGCCCCAUUGGUUCCCUUCGAUGCUGCCACCAGUAUAUCAGAGAAGUACAACCUGUCGGACAAGACAGAAGUAAUCACCAAGGCCACCGAGCUUGUUUUCUCUCUCCCUUCGGUUGGAUCGAAGAUGUUCUUGAUCACCAUAGCAGACAGGACUGUUGGUGGAUUGACAGUGCAAGACCAACUGGUCGGUCCAUGGCAGACGCCUGUGGCAGAUGUUGCCGUGACUCUCGGCUCAUUUGGAUUUGAGAACAACCGUCAUGGUGAAGCAAUGGCAAUGGGAGAAAAGCCAACGCUUGCCCUUAUCUCUGCGGCCGCUUCCGCGCGGAUGGCUGUCGUCGAAAGUCUGAUGAACCUCGGCGCUGCGCAUAUCAAGGCCGCCGCAAAUGUUCGAGGCGAUCUGCGACGUGUCAAACUGUCUGCCAACUGGAUGGCCGCUGUCAACCACCCUGGUGAGGGCGCUGCGCUGUUCGAGGCUGUCAAGGCCAUCGGUAUGGAGCUCUGUCCUGAACUUAACAUCUCCAUUCCGGUCGGCAAGGACUCGACCUCGAUGAAGGCAUCCUGGAAGGACGAGAGCGGAGAGUCCAAGAGUGUGACAGCCCCAGUGUCUGUUGUCAUCUCUGCUUUCACGCCUGUCGAAGAUGUUCGCAGCACUUGGACGCCACAACUGCGGCGCGUCGAGGAAGUGGGCGACUCUGUCCUCAUGUUCGUCGAUCUCGCCGGUGGUCGCACAGCCAUGGGAGGUUCUGCUUUGGCCCAGACCAUGGGUCAACUUGGCAAUGAGGCGCCCGAUGUCCACGACCCUAGGCUGAUCGUGGAUUACUUCGAUGCCCUGUCGCAGCUUCACGAAGAGGAUAUUGUCCUGGCGUACCAUGACCGCUCUGAUGGUGGCCUGCUUACCACCGUCGCGGAAAUGAUGUUUGCCGGUCGCUGUGCAGCUGACAUCUCGAUCGAUGAUAUUGCCAAGUCACCAUCAACUUCGCAUAUCCUUGAGGCUCUGUUUAACGAGGAGCUCGGCGCCGUCUUCCAGAUUCGGAAAUCGGAUGAGAAGAGAUUCCUGCGUUGUUUCGCAACUUGUGGGCCACCUCCGGGUUUGAUCAAGAAGAUUGGCUACGUCCGGCCAACGGCCAAACAGUCCUUGUCUGUGAAGUAUGGCAUGACACCGCUCGUCGACCUGGACCGGGCCCAGAUGCAGCAGUGGUGGUCGACAACUUCGUACGAGAUGCAGAAGCUCCGAGACAACCCGGCAUGCGCCGAGUCCGAGUUUGCCUCCCUGGCCGAUGCCAAGGAUCCAGGACUGUCAUACAAGUUGAAAUUCGACCCUGCCGAUGCCAGCCUGCCGGCGCUCACAAACCUCAAGUCCCUGGUCACACAACGCCCACGCGUUGCCAUCCUGCGAGAGCAAGGUGUCAACGGCCACGCCGAGAUGGCCUUUGCCUUCCGCGCCGCAGGCUUCGAUGCGGUGGACAUCCACAUGACGGACAUCCUGUCGGGCUUCUCGCUCGAUGGAUUCCGCGGGCUGGCGGCGUGCGGCGGCUUCUCAUACGGCGACGUGCUCGGCGCCGGCCAGGGAUGGGCCAAGUCGAUCCUCAUGCACGACAACGCGCGCAAGACGUUCGAGGCCUUCUUCCGGCGGCCCGACACCUUCUCCCUGGGCGUGUGCAACGGCUGCCAGAUGCUGUCGCGGCUCAAGGAGCUCAUCCCGGGCACGGACCACUGGCCCGCCUUCGUGGAGAACACGAGCCAGCAGUUCGAGGCGAGGUACAGCAUGGUGGCGGUCCGGGAAGACGACAACAGCGUCUUCCUCUCGGGCAUGGGCGGAUCUCUGCUGCCCAUCGUCGUCUCGCACGGCGAGGGCCGGGCCGAGUUUGCGUCGCCCGCCGGGCUGGAGGCUUGCACGCGCGAGGCCGGGCUCGCCCCGCUCCGCUACACAGACAACUACGGCAAGGUCACCGAGGCGUACCCCUUCAACCCCAACGGCAGCCCUCAGGGCAUCGCCGGUGUGAGGAGCAGGGACGGCAGGGUGCUGGCUAUGAUGCCGCACCCGGAGAGGACCAUCAUGGCAGACGUGGCGAGCUGGGCGCCGAAGGAGGAGGUUGACCGGUGGGGCCAGUUCGGGCCGUGGUUGAGGAUGUUCAGGAAUGCCAGGAAGUGGGUCGGUUGAUGUAUUGCUUUUCUGGAGUUAUCAAAAGAAAAUUAUAAAAAGAGGGCGGAAAUGGAAUGCAUUCAUAUUUUAUAGACAUUUACCACGGGUGGUCCGCUCAAUGCACACUUUACAGGAA